AUGGAAGGCCUCAACCAGACAGUGACCUAUUUUGUGUUCUUGGGACUGACCCAUAACCGGAACCUGGAGCUGGUUUUAUCAGUUAUUUUCUCCAUCCUCUACUUACUUAUCCUAGCAGGCAACCUCCUAAUUAUAGUGACGGUGGCUCGGGACCGCUGCCUCCACACUCCCAUGUACUUCUUCUUGGGGAACCUCUCCUUCAUUGACAUCUGCCAUUCCUCAGUCACAAUGCCCAAGAUGCUUUUCGACUGCUUCUUCCACCAGAAGGUCAUCUCUUUUGAGGGUUGCAUCACCCAGCUUUUCUUCCUUCACCUGUGUGCUUCAGCGGAGAUCUUCCUCCUGACCAUUAUGGGCUAUGACCGUUGUGUUGCCAUCUGCUUCCCCUUUCAGUAUUUGAACCUGAUGAACAUGAAGAUCUGUGUUGGUUUGCUUGGAGCCUUGUGGGUUGGGGCAACUAUUCACUCUCUGAUCCAGACGUUCCUCACCACCCAUCUUUCUUAUUGUGGCCCUAAUAUCAUAGACAGUUUUUUCUGUGAUAUCCCCCCACUCAUGAAGUUGGCUUGCAUGGACACCUACUUCAUCAGCAUUCUCAUCAUAUCCAGCAGUGGUUUGAUGUCCCUAGUUUGCUUCAUGAUCUUGGUAACUUCCUAUGCCAUUAUCCUUAUCUCGCUGAGAGGGCAAGCAGCCGAGGAUCGUCACAAAGCCUUCUCUACCUGUGCUGCCCACCUACUUGUGGUGAUCCUCUUCCUGGGACACUGUAUUUUCAUCUACACCCGCCCUGCUUCCAGCUUCUCAACAGACAAGCUGGCUGCUGUCCUCUAUACCAUGGUGACCCCAUUCCUCAACCCUGUCAUCUACACUCUGAGGAACAAAGAGGUAAAGAACUCCAUUAAGAAACUCUGGAACUAG